UCAAAUCUUAUUUGGUUGUUUAUUCUGGUUGCCUGAGGUUAUGUUUUGCUGAAACAAACACACCCAGCCCGGCGUGAAUGCAGUAUGUAUAAAGUCCUGCUGUGACACGUCGGACUGUUGACUCGCUGAGGAGAACUAUGUCACCGUUGGAGCUUUUCCUUAUGGUUUUCCUGAUGGGAAAAGGAAGGUCUGUAUGUCGACUUCAGGGCUCGGCACAACAACCUGAACUAGCUCAGGAUGGUGACCUCAUUAUUGGAGGCAUUUUUUCAUUUCGCACGGACCAGGAUUAUUCCACCAACUCAUUUCAGUCUGUUCCAGAAAUCAGAAAAUGCAACAAUUUCAAUUUGAGAGAACUCAAAUUUGCUCAAACAAUGAUUUUUGCUAUAAAUGAAAUCAACAAAAACCCUGAAAUCCUGCCAGGUGUCAGACUUGGCUACAAGAUUUACAACAACUGUGGGACAAUGGACAUACUGAGAGCUGCGCUGGCUCUUGUAAGUGGACUGAGAGGAGAAAUAAAUGAUGAUUUCUGCACAAAAUCUGAAACAGUGCAAGCUAUCAUAGGGCACUCGGGAUCAAGCCCAACUAUUGCCUUUGCACAGGUCGUUGGAAGGUUUCAGAUACCGGUGAUCAGUCAUUUUGCUACCUGUGCUUGCCUGAGCAAUCGAAGGGAGUACCCUAGUUUUUUCAGAACCAUCCCCAGCGAUUACUACCAAAGCAAAGCUCUGGCAAAGCUGGUCAAAUACUUUGGCUGGACCUGGGUCGGGGCAGUUGCUGUUAGUAAUGAAUACGGCAUGAAUGGCAUCGCAGCAUUCAUCCAAGCUGCAGAGGAUCAUGGCGUGUGUAUUGAGUACUCUGUGGCAUUUUCCUCGUCGGAUCCACCACAUGUUCUAGACAGAGUAAUACAGGUCAUCAAGCGGUCCACUUCCAAGGUGAUUAUGGCUUUCAUGACUCACAGGGAAAUUAAACUACUGGCUGCUGAGUUGUACAAAGAGAACAUAACAAGACUGCAGUGGAUCGGCAGCGACGCCUGGAUCACAGAUCCCUCGCUGACAGACAGCGAAGGGUACGCCAUCCUUCUGGGCUCGCUUGGCUUCACGGUUGCCAGAGCCAACAUCCCAGGGCUGGAGCAGUAUCUGAUGCAGCUCCACCCCUCACAGUUCCCCAACAGCCCGUUUGUCAGAGAUUUCUGGGAAGAUGUGUUUGAAUGCUCUCUGAACGGCACUGUGAACACAAAAAGAAAGCCAUGCAGCAGCCUUGAGAGCUUGCAAACAAUUAAUUCACAGUUCACUGAUUUUUCCGAGCAGAGAUUUUCUAAAAAUGUCUACAAGUCCGUCUACGCUGUGGCUCAUGCUCUGGAUAAUCUGAUGAAAUGUGAUGGUAGUGGGACACCCUCUAAAGGGAACUGUUAUGAUCCCAAACACACGCAGCCGUUGCCGGUGCUGCAAUAUCUCGCCUCCGUGAAUUUCACCACUGUGGAUGGAGAAAGAGUUUAUUUUGACAAUAAUGGUGACUCACCAGCAAGAUACGAACUUGUUAAUUUACAAAUAACAAACAAAGGAACACUAAACGGAGAAACUGUUGGCAUUUUUGAUGCUUCGCUUCCAGAUGAUCAUCAGUUUAUUCUGAACAGCAUCCCAGUCGUCUGGGGUAAUGACUUGACUGAGGUACCGGUGUCAGUCUGCAGCGAGAAAUGUCUCCCGGGAACAUUUAAGGUCCUCCAGAAAGGAAAACCAGCCUGUUGUUACGACUGUGUUCUCUGUCCAGAGGGACAAAUAACCAAUUUAACUGAGUCACCACAGUGUUUGAAAUGCCCUCCGGAGUACUGGUCUAACCAACACAGAGAUGCCUGCAUCCUAAAACCAACAGAGUUUCUGGCAUAUGAGGAAAAAUUGGGGACCCUACUGGCACUGUUUGCUCUGCUGGGGAUUUUUCUAACCAUGAUCACAACCCUAGUUUUCUACUGCCACAUAGACACCCCACUAGUACGAGCAAACAACUCUGAGCUGAGCUUCCUGCUGCUCUUCUCCUUGACUCUGUGUUUCCUGUGUUCUCUGACCUUUAUUGGCCGGCCCACAGAUUGGUCCUGCAUGCUGCGACACACGGCGUUUGGCAUCACCUUUGUACUCUGCAUCUCCUGUGUUCUGGGAAAGACUAUUGUGGUUUUAAUAGCCUUCAAGGCUACAAUUCCAGGCAGUAAUGUGAUGAAAUGGUUUGGGCUUGCACAGCAGAGGCUCGUCGUUCUGGCCUUAACCCUCAUACAGGUUUUGAUUAGCAUACUUUGGCUAAUCACAAGUCCGCCUUUCCCUUUUAUGAACAUGAUGCUGUAUAAAGACCGUGUCAUCCUGCAGUGCGAUCUUGGUACGGUCUUCGGGUUUGGCGCUGCGUUGGGUUACAUUGGACUUCUAGCUGUGUUGUGCUUUGUACUUGCUUUUCUGGCUCGGAAGCUACCCGACAACUUCAACGAAGCUAAAUUCAUCACUUUCAGCAUGCUGAUAUUCUGCACAGUGUGGCUCGCCUUCAUCCCAGCAUACGUCAGCUCUCCUGGGAAGUUUGCUGAUGCUGUGGAGAUAUUUGCAAUUCUGGCUUCAAGUUAUGGACUCCUGUUUUGCAUCUUUCUGCCCAAAUGUUACAUCAUUCUGAUUAAGCCAGAGCAAAACACUAAGAGACACAUAAUGGGAAAAGGCUCCCAAUACUAAUAUAUACCAUAAAAACUCAGAUUUCACUCAUAUUUCACAUAUGUAGUUAAAAUGAGCAUUUCAUUUGUUUUACAAUUGUUGCACUAUUUGCAUCACGAUUAAAUUACAGUUUGUUUUCUAAAAUUGUUUACAUUUCAUGCUGUGACUAAAAGUCCAAUAAACUGCUCAUUUAGCACACAUUUA